CAUGCGCAGUUGUUAAUUAGUUUUGCAAACAGUCACCUCCUCGCACCAUCAACAAAAAUGUCCGCCAACUACAUGCGUCUGCUCUGCCUGCUGGCCUGCGGCAUCUGCGCCACCAUGGCCAACUCCUACAGACAAGGCAACAUCGGCUAUGCUGCCCCCAGCUACGGUGGUCAGUCCUAUGGCGAGUAUGUGAAGAACGCCGAGACCGCUGAGGCUCAGGCUGCUGCACUCACCAACUCCGCUGGUGCUGCUGCCUCGUCGGCCAAAUUGGACGGCACUGACUGGUAUGCGUUGAACCGUUAUGGCUGGGAGCAGGGCAAACCUCUGCUGGUCAAGCCUUACGGUCCUCUGGACAAGCUCUACGCCGCUGCUCUGCCACCCCGUUCCUUCGUUGCCGAGAUUGAUCCAGUCUUCAAGAAGAGCAACUAUGGUGGUCUCUAUGGCGAGAAGACAAUCGUGCUGAACACUGGCUCCAAGCUGGCCGUGUCCGCUGCCUAAGCGAAACUAGUCUGUGUUUUUAGCUGAAAGUCUUAAAAUAAAUAGUGAUAGCAUAAAGUGAAAUGUUGACUGUGUUUUUUCUUUGAAAUGGUUUCGUUUGGGUGGGAAAUUUCUCUUUAGCACUUCUCAAGUCCAUACUUAUUAUUAUUAUGAGUAAAUUCAGUUUUUAUUUGCAAAGUUUUAAAGUAAAAAAUAUGAAAAAAUUGCUCAGUUGUUGCAGUUUUUGUUUUGCAGUUUUUUGGUUUUUCUUAAUCGUUUUAAUGUAAAAUUCAAUUCGUUACGAGCACACAGAUAUUUACCUACUAAACAUAAAAUGUGAACUAAAAAAAAAAAGUAUAUCAAACAAGUAGAAGCGAUUGUAACUCGGGUAACUCGUUUCUAGGGUCGAUUAGAUACUCUCUUGUUGUUCAUUUUAUCUUUAAUCAUUGAUCUCAAGCCAACUCUUCUAUAAACAUUCUCUCUCUCUCAUUUAAAAUUUUUUUUGAUUUUAUUUUUUUUUUGUAUGUUUUUUUUUUAGUUUGUAUGUUGUUUUGGUUUUAGGUUCAUUAUUUUAAUUAAAUUACAUGAACUUCAAAAUAUUAUUAUUAUAUAAAUAGAUAGGAGAUGUGUGUGUAUGUGUUAUAUAUUCCUUUCCUUGUUGUAUUUAAUUAAUGUAUAACCUAUACGAACUCUCGCAAGCUCUGAAAAAAAUUUAAAUUAUAAAAAUAAGAA